AAAUAACGCUUUUGAUUCUCAGUUUUGGCAUCUGCUCUGCUGCGUCGUCUCCUCUUCUUCUUCAUCGCCAUGGCUGGAUUACUGUUCUACUACAACUGACCAAUACAUUUUCAGGAAAAUCAGUGAGGCGGUAGUGAAAAAUUUUGUCUAUUCUCUUGGCAAUGGCUCAAAGCACGAUCAGGAAAGCGAUCGGAGCCGUGAAGGACCAAACGAGCAUUAGCAUCGCCAAAGUCGCCGGCAAUACGGCGCCGGAGCUCGAAGUCUUGGUGGUCAAGGCGACGAGCCAUGACGAGGACCCCGACGAUGACAGGUAUAUUAUCGAGAUUGUGAAUUUGUGCUCGCAUUCGAAUGGAUAUGUGAGUGCGUGUGUGGUUACGAUCUCUAAACGAUUGAACAAAACUCGCGAUUGGAUCGUCGCGCUCAAGGCGCUAAUGGUGGUGCAUAGGGUUUUGAUUGAUGGACAUCCCUCCUUUGGCGAGGAGAUAGUGUAUGCUACACGGAGAGGUAUGAGAGUCUUGAAUUUAUCUGGUUUUAGAGACGAGGCACAUUCGAAUUCAUGGGAUCAUUCUGGUUUUGUGAGGUCUUACGCUUUGUAUCUCGAUGGAAUGAUUGAGCAUCUGGUUCUUGAGAAGAAAGUGAGGGGGAGUAUUAGUGACGGUAACUCUGAUGAAUCUGAUUAUGGGAGGCAGAGGAGGAGGCAGAGCCCAUGGAGGUCAAUGCGACCAGAGAGAGUAUUGGAUGAGUUUGAUCAAUUGCUUCGAAUGCUUGAUCGAGUUUUAGCUUGUAGGCCGAUGGGGAUGGCCAAAAGUAGUAGAUUAGUAAUUGCUGCGGUUCAUUUGGCUGUUAAAGAGAGCUUUGGGCUGUAUAUUGAGAUUUGUGAGGCAUUGGGGGUUUUGUUGGAUCACUUUAAAGAAAUGGAAUAUGGUGAUUGUCUUAGGGCCUUUGAUGUUUACGUCAAUGCCGCAAAGAAGAUCGAUCAACUCUUGGAAUUUUAUGCUUGGUGUAAGGAUAUGGGGAUUGCAAGAUCUUCUGAAUACCCAGAGGUUCAGAGGAUAACUCAUAACCUUUUGGGCACACUUGGGGACUUUCUGAAGGAGAUGGGAAGAAGGCCAAAGGAUUUCAAUGAGAGGAGAAGGGAGGAGAAGCUAAAGCUGCCGCCAGCUGACGAUCCCGAACAAGACAUGAAUGAGAUGAAGGCUCUUCCUCCGCCCAAGAAUCAUGAUCCUUCCUUGCAUUCAGUCCUUCCGCAGACUCGACUGCCAAAGGAAGACUUGGUGAACCUGAGAGAGGAUGAAGUUUCAGCGGAUGAGCAGGGCAACAAAUUGGCUUUGGCUCUUUUUUCUGGACCCCCAAUUACAAAUCCUGAUGGUUCGUGGGAAACUUUCUCAUCAAACCAGGAUCCUGAAGUGAGUUCAGCGUGGAAGACGCCUGCUGCAGAGGCUGGCAAAGCGGAUUGGGAACUGGCAUUGGUUGAAACUGCCAGCAAUCUGUCAAAGCAGAAGGCUGAUAUGGGAGGUGGUUUUGAUCCACUCUUAUUAAAUGCAAUGUACGACCAGGGGACGAUCAGGCGACAUGUAAAUGCCGAGCAGUUCGGCGGGAGUUCAAGUAGUGUGGCAUUGCAAGUCCAAGGCAAGACCRUUGCUGCACAAGUGCUAGCGCUUCCAGCACCCGACGGGACGGUUACACCGGUUGGGCACCGGGACCCUUUCGCUGCGUCGCUUACGGUGCCACCUCCUUCAUAUGUGCAAAUAGCUGAAAUGGAGAAGAAGCAGCAGUUGCUGGUGCAGGAGCAGCUUGUAUGGCAGCAGUAUGGCAGAGAAGGAAUGCACGGGCAAGUGGGUUUGGCAAAAAUUGGUGGUGGGUCGGCCCAUGUUAAUGUUGCAAUUAUGCCUCAUGCCUCAGCUUACUAUUAUGCUCCCUUCUGAAUAGGCUUUCAUUUUGAGACGAUCGUCCCAUGGUUUUGGUUCCUACAAACACAAAUGACAGAGAAGCCAAACCAAACUUCUUGUAUAUAUUUUGGCAGGUUGUCAUUUUGUUUAAUUUCCCUA